AUGUCGACGUUUUCAAGUGCUCCAGAUCUGUCUGGGACCAUAGUUGAGACAUUAGCUCAACCACCCUUCUCGGUUAACUCUUUGAGAACGUUGAAGGCAGCGGUUGAUGAUGCCGAGUUGUUGGGAGAAAUGGUUGUUGCUUGUGCUGUCGUUAUGGGUGCUGUAUUGGAUAAUGAUGCCGAACAGCCUCAGGCUGAUAUUAUCGCUGAAAGACUGAGAAGAGCAAGACUCAGAGCUGCGUUGAUUGCCGCUGCUUCUCAAAAAAAGGAUGUGGUAAAGGCGAAGUUCUCUGUGGAUGCGAUACUCGUGUCAGCUGCACAGUUAUUUGGUUGUUUACCCAAUAAUGAACUGGUUCCUCUUCCGCAUGUUGCGGAGGUCUUGUAUCGAGAUAGAUAUUUAUUUAUUGAAUUUAAGACUCAUCCUGAGAUCACCGCGCCGGCCAGCAAGUCUGUUAUACAGUUUACUCGAGAUGGUCAAGCUGUGGAGACUGCGAAACUUCCCACGGGGAAACCUCCUAAUACCUUUGAGCAAUGGCUUCCAUUGAUCAUCAAUGAUUGA